AUGUCCCUGAGUUGUCUUGAUGACAGUCGUUGGUUAUCUGCGAUACUGCCUGAUGCAGAGGAGACACAGCCAACUCCAAUCUCACUUAUAUUAGAUCCUAUGGCCAAUGAACAUUAUCAGUUGUUACUUGGAGAACUGGCGAAAAUUGAGAUGGUCAGUGGAAAUGGUCUUUUUCGAUUAGGUCCAAGGUGGAUAUUAUAUGUCGAUAUUGUGGGUGUUGUUCGUACUCUUAAUGAACGUGAAAAAUUUUACGCUGUUGAUUUGGAUGAUGGUACUGGUUGUCUAGCGUGUACUAUAUGGCGUCCUGAUUACUCUCAGCAUAAUUAUUCUCAAUCAUCUCAAUCCAUCAAAACGGAUACUAUGAACUCUGAACAAAGUUAUAUAUGUGAACAACUAGUAAAAUUAGCAUUGAAAUCACAACCUGUUUUACCAUCGUCAUCAUCAUCAUCAUCCAGUUUACGUGUUGGUCAAAUUCUACAACUUCGUGGUCGUUUAAACUGUUUCCGUGGAAGGUUAAAACUUAAUGCAUAUUUUUGUCGUUCAAUCAAGGAUGAAGGGGAAUUGCUAAAUCAUAUAAUUCAUAGAUAUCAUUUACAUCAAGAGAUUUAUUCACAUCCUUAUGAUCCGGCGAUUGUUGCUGAAAAUGUCAAAAAAUGUCAUGUAACAAAUUUAGCGAAUUCUCUUGUAACAGAAUGUUGUCGAUAUCUUGUCGAAGAUAAUAUUCAAUUAUUCACUAAAUUAGACUUAUGCGUACAUUCUAAAAUAGUUGAAUUAAUCACAGAUAAUUGGACGUCCUUAGGUGUGGCAUAUGAUGAAACUGAAGCAGACUAUUUAAAGCAAACAUUUAUUGAAGAAGAUUCUAAGGAGAAUGAAUCAAAGUCAACAACCAGUACAAAGAGAAGUUUAAAUUCGAGAAAACUACAACUUAUAAUUCAUAGUUUAAUUGAAAGAUUAAUUAUUGAAGGUUGGAUUAUUCCAGGUAGCCAGUCAAUUGGUGGAAUGCCAGCAUAUUAUGUUGUUAAAGAAAACAGAAAAUUGUUAGAUGCUGUUUAUAAUGUCAUCUGUUCACUAGGUUUUGGUGGUAAAGAAUCGUCUGUACAGAGUAUACUGACUAGUGUUCGACAGUAUUCACCUCCUAAUGAUCGUCAGUGCAUGACACGUAUGACAUUGAAUGCAUUAAAACAUUUAUUAAAUCAAUUAGAGUGUGAGAGUAGAAUAUAUCAAAGUAAUUCAGGUUAUUAUAAAGUUGCAUAA